GAAGAGGUAGGCUCCGCUCGCUGUCUCUGGUCUCUGGUCUUUGGUCCUCGUCUCCAACAGAGCAGAGUGUUCGACAGACUUGAUUUCAGUCGUCAUUAAGAUGCCUUUCAUCGAUGUUCAGAGUAAUCUACCGGCCAGCUCCUUCUCUGAGGACUUCCUGAAGAAGCUGAGCUCCUGCGCUGCUGCUGCUCUGGGAAAACCAGAGGAUAGGAUGAAUGUGGUGGUGAAGCCCGGGUUGCCGAUGCUGAUGGCGGGCUCUUGCUCUUCGUGUGUGAUGCUGUCAGUGUCUGCUAUCGGUGUGACUGACACUGCGGACAAGAACAAGGAGCACAGUGCCAAGAUCUUUGAGUUCCUGACCAGAGAACUGAGUCUGACUGAAGACAGGAUUGUUAUUCAGUUCCACGCGGUGCAGCCUCACCAGGUCGGGAAGAAGGGAACCGUCAUGAGCUUCUUGUGAAAGACGUUAUUGUGUCUGAUACAUCUCACAGUGUCAUUCAUAGAAGGAGAAGAACACACAAUAGAUCAGUAUGAACUGAUCACACUGAAGUAAAGACAGGUGCUGUAUUUUCAUGAUGGUACACUGUCUGGCCCAUGUUUUAUAUGUCUGUGAACAUGAUCUUAAUAACAUCUAUUUUUAAUGAUUAAAAGACACGUUGCUGUUGUUGCCAUUCCUGAAA